AUGUUUCGUUGACAAGAAUGGCGUCUCGGGUAGGGUUUUGUGUGGGCUUACUUGUUUUUACUGCGGCGCACGUGAUAAAUGGUAUUUUGCAUACAAACUUAAAUGUUUUACAGUGAGCGAGAAUUUCCUAUUGACAGGAUGGAGAAUUUUAUACUCGAGCAUUUUCCUGUUGAUACUACAUUCAAUGGAAAUGUACUGAUCAACAUACCAGUGUUUUGAUGUGUAUUUAAGAACAAUUCUGUUUAGAAUGAAUCUUCCAAAAUUCUACAACUGUGGCUGCGUUUUAGUUUUAUUUUUAAAUGUCAUUUAUGAAUGUAAACCUAUGUUGAACAAAGUUAAUGACGGUGAAUGCCCAUCACCAUGUACAUGUUUCGUGAAUUUUGUUGACUGUAGUACACUUGAUUUGAAGGAAUCACCAAGCUUAAGUGAUUGGGUAACAAACGUUUCAUUGAGCUGGAAUUUCCUGCCUGUAAUGCCAGUCUUCAACAAUUCUUCAAACAUUAUCACCUUGGAUCUGUCUCAUAAUAUCAUCAAAACAGUGAGUGCAACGUCCUUGAUAGUGUUGAAACAUUUGAAGGUUCUUGACUUGAGCAGCAACAAAUUAAUGAAGAUCACCAGAAACAGCUUCCCUCAUGAUACAAAAAUUCAGAUCUUGGUCCUCAACAGCAAUGAAAUAAUGUCAGUAGAAGAGGGUAGUUUUGACUCUUUGCAAGAACUGAUUGAACUUAAACUCAACCGCAAUCAUAUUUCACAUUUGAGUAAGGAUUUGUUCAAGCUCAAGAAUUUGAAUGUUUUGGAAAUGAACAGAAAUAAACUUACAGAAAUUGAAGGCCUGUCAUUUCAUGUUUUGGAACGAUUAUCUGUGCUUAAACUUCGGCGAAACUCUAUUACUACACUUUUGGAUGGUGCAUUUUGGGGACUGAAAAAUGCAGCUACACUCCAUUUAGACUAUAACAAUCUGACUGCAGUCACAAAAAGUUGGCUUUAUGGCCUAUCAUCACUUCAUGAGUUGUUUCUCAAUCAUAACAGCAUCACCUUUAUUGAACCGGGUGGAUGGGAGUUUUGUCCUCUACUUGUCCAACUUGACUUGUCAAACAACAAGCUUGAAGCUAUUCAAGUGGGCACACUUAAGAACCUUUCAAAGUUGAAAAGGUUGUACAUGAACCACAAUCGUAUCUUAUACAUUGCUGAUGGGGCAUUCAAUAGUACACCAUCACUGGAAGUUUUGGAGCUGAGCAGCAACAGAAUUUCAUGGACAAUUGAAGACUUUAAUGGCGCUUUCGUUGGCCUGAGACACCUUAACAGGUUUGAUUUGGCGUGGAACCACAUAAAAUCUAUUGACAAGAAAGCAUUUUUGGGACUAGAACGACUUAGAAUUCUUGACCUGAGUGGUAACGACAUUAUAACCAUACAAGAAAACCCAUUUGAAGAUAUGCACCACCUGGAAUAUCUGAUGAUAAACUCCACACGUCUUCUCUGUGACUGUAAUCUUAAGUGGUUUCCUCGAUGGCAUGAGAGACGAUCCCUGUUCGGUGUGGACACCUUUUGCUCAUAUCCAGCAAAUGUCCGCAAUAUGCCAACUGUCGGUGUUCCUCUCUCAGAGUUCAAAUGUGAUGAGUUUCCUCAACCUCAGUUGCUGGAAGAACCAAAAGCCCAGGUUGCCCUGCGAGGUGGAAAUGUUACUCUCUACUGCAGAGCUGUCUCAUCGUCACAUCUGCCAAUGUCGUUUCUGUGGAGGAAGGACAACUUGGACUUGAAACAUGGGCAUUUGGUGCAGUUUGCUCACACUUCCAAUGGGAAGACCAUUGAGCACAACUCACAGCUAACUUUGGUCAAUAUUACAGACAGUGAUUCAGGCAAAUAUCAGUGUGUGGUGUCAAACAACUAUGGAAGUGCAUAUUCAGCUAAAUCUAAAAUUUCAGUGCUCAUAUUCCCAAAAUUUACUAGAGUUCCUGUGAAUGUUACUGCGAAGUCUGGCAGUACAGCAAGACUGGAAUGCGCAGCAACGGGACAGCCUCAGCCGCAGAUAGCGUGGCAGAAGGAUGGAGGAAUAGAUUUUCCAGCUGCGAGGGAAAGGCGCAUGCAUGUAAUGCCUUCAGAUGUCGUGUUCUUCAUUGUGAACAUCAAGGCUGCAGAUUCUGGAUCGUACAGCUGUAUGGCUAAAAAUCAAGCUGGCACAAUUGUCGCAAAUGCUACAGUCACAGUGUUAGAAUCACCAAAGUUUGUGAAGCCAAUGGAAAAUAAGGAAAUAACUGCAGGCACGUCAAUAGUUUUGGAGUGCAUGGCAUCUGGCUCACCCAAACCCACACUCACAUGGACGAAAGAUGGCCACUCUCUUGUUGCGACUGAGAGGCAUUUCUUUACAGCUGAGGACCAGCUCUUGAUAAUAGUGGCGACCGAUGAGUCGGAUGCAGGUACAUACGAGUGUGAGCUGUCUAAUAUUUUGGGCAGCCGCAAAGAGUUCUCGCAUCUUUCCAUUAUUCCAGCAUCAAGUGUAGCAUUGGUGGAAAAUGACAUGACUGGAAUAAUAAUUAUCACAGUGGUGUGCUGUGCGGUGCUUACCUCCAUCAUAUGGGUGUUCAUCAUUUACCACACGCGCAAGCGAAUGGGUGGUCCAAAUGUGAGCAACUUCACAAGCACGCUGCUGCAGCAUAGCACAGACUUGAAGGCUGUGUCAUCUCCAUCACCACCUCAGACACAUUUCUAUGUUGACACCAACUCGGAGCAUUCAACUAGCAAAGACAGUGGCACUGGAGACUCUGCCAAACGAAGCACCAAUGAUUUGUUACUAGAGCAUCUCACAACAGAUGCACCUACCAACCAGGCUGAUGGUGAACAAGGGCAUGACCAAGGCUUUGACCAAGACUGUGAAGACAUCCAUGAAAAAUGUUCUGAGGGAGACUGUUCACAGUGCUGGCUAACCCCACACUACAGAAAAGAUGAUGAGUAUUCCUACAGUAGUCUACACGGUGCACAAGUUAAUCAUCGUGAUUCUAUUGAUGAAAAAACUCCGUGCAUACAAAGUGUUCAGUCAGUGGUCAGUUAGUCUGCCUUACAUAUGCCAUUGCAAUAGUUUAAUUUAACGUAAUUUCAUGACUAAAUGUUUGUAGUUCUAAUGGAACAAUUAAACUGCAAAUCUGUGGGUGUUUGAUUUACUACUGUACUGCCAUACUGAGGGACUGGUAUUUGUAUCCCUUGUGUAAGAUAUGUUAUGUGUAUAAAAAUAACUCAAGUUAUUUUUCAGUGGUAAUGUUUCUGCAUAUUUAAAGUGAAAACAUUUUAAAAAGAAUAUGUUAUCAAAAUGAGCUUUAAAUGUGGAUGUUAUUUGUACAUUUUACCAUAGAUAUAAAUUUGUAGUACAAUAUGUGAUUGUUACAUUUUUGCCAAAGUGCUUACAAAGGCUUUUUCAGUCAUUUUAUAUUAACUGUUGCUGCAAAUGACUACUCCAUGCCAAAUAAUCCUUCACCAAUAAUUUUUGAGCUUUGUUUAGUUUCAUUGCUUUACUUUAAAAGAGCAUUUCGUGUUUUAAAAGUUUAAAAUUGUAAUGUACGUAGUUUUAGGUUGAUAGUGGUAGAUUUUUAUUAAAAUUAAGUAAUGUUUGUGUGCACUGUAUAGUAAAAUGCAUAUGACAAAGUCUUGAACCAUUAUGUCUGCUAUCUGCUCUAAGCCUUAGUUUUGAUGAUAUCUCAACAAAGAUCAUGCAGAUUAGUUUGCAUAGUGCUCUAGGAGUAAAAAAGGAAAACUCAACUAUAGCUUUUACAAGUGUUUAUUUUAAAUAAAAUGUUUUUUGAUUUUUCAUUUUAUUACAAGCAUCGCAGACAUUGUAGCACUUAAUAUUUUGUACGAUAAUAAUACUACACAAAAAGUAUUUUAAUAAACAUCCUCAAAUUUAUAGAUUGAAAACCCACUCUAGAUCAGUGUGUUGUAUAUUAAUCAAAAGUGUUUAGCUUAGUAUAAUCAUUGUAACUGAUGAGGUUUCAUUUUCUACAAAUAAGUCUAAUACAGGUGAUCAAAGAUCAAAUUCAAGUUCCAAUUAAAAUUUUCUGUCCAUAUUUAAAUAUAAAAAAAUUAGAAAAAUGAAUAAAGAUAAAAAACAAGCAAUAUCUCAAAAAAUAUAUUAAAGCAUACACAAACUAACUACACAAAUAAACAAACCGUUAAAAAUAACAUGUAGGGGCUCAUUCACCAUAAAGCAAAUGAUUCAUCAGAACGCCUUAAAAAGCAAAAACACUGAAAUAAUGAUCAUAAAACAUAUGGCAAACACAGGAAUGCUUCUAAAUAUCAUCAGGCAGCAUAAAAAAUCGGUAAAUAAACUGUGCAACAAGGGGGAAGUGCCUGGGUUACCACACCGUCUUCAGGCACAAACCUCUGUUUUUCAAGUGUCCUCUUUUAUCAGUCUGGGCCUGAUGACAGGACCAGAUGUCAGUACAUGAACCGUCGCAACUGUUUGUCUGUGCCAUCGUCAUUGUGUUGUCCGGAAAAUUUGUUUAGUUUCAUCGCUGGGUUCGCCUUUACAUUGCUGUGUUGUCCAGAUUAUCUGUUUUGAAUCAUUAUUGGGUUCAUCUGUUUGUCGCUGUGUUGUUGGUCUGUAUUUUCUGUUCUUUUUACAGCUGUCUCUUUCCAUGGAAUUCUCUCUGUGCAGUCUAUGUGUUUAACAUUUUACAUCCUCUAAUUUUGGCUUGUUUUCUUUGUGUUUGUGUAUUCAUUUUUCUUGACCAUUAUUGUGGUUUCUCUAUGACAAACAGUUAAAACCAGCAAAGGCUUAUGUCCAUAAAAACCUUGUAAAUUAAUUUUUUUUAAAUUUUAAUACAAUUAUGACAAAAUAUAUAUUUGUUUACGUGACCAAUUAAUGGCAUGUUUUUAACAAGAUGUAUUACAAAUAAAUAACUCAGCUCAUUAUAAAUUUGAGGUAUAUAGUUAAUGUACUUGGAUCUGCUCAUGUGUUCAUUCUAUAGAGAAAAAAAAUGAACAUUUCAGUGCACACAAACAUAUUUAAUGGUUCUUGCUUAAAACCUAGUGUAAUAUAUUAUGUACAUGUGUGCAUUACUUAAUUUGUAGAUGUUUAAUUGCCUUUGACCAUACUUAAAAAACUAAACUUGUUUGUUGUUAAUGUGCUAUCAUAUGACUUGAUACUCUUCAACAAUGACACACGCAAAGAAUAAUAUACAGCUGACUCCCAAUUAUCCGGGGUAGUGCUUGGCAAGGGGUCCACGGAUAAUCGAAAAACAUAGUUAAAGCAAUGUAAAAAAGUAACUUAAAAUUUUUUUAUCCUGACUAUCUUGGCAAAUACUGUAACAUCCGCCCCUGAUAGUAACACCCUAAUUUGUUCAAGUAAAACAAAACACUAAUCAAAACAGCGCUAGGCAAAUACUUUUUUUUCCGUACAAGAGUAUUUUAAUCAAAAUAAUUUGUUUUUCAAACAGGUUAAUUGUACUUGCUGACUAUCAUUUUAAUCAAGACACUACUCCUGUUUAAAUUAAUUUAUAGUACUAAUAUCUAUCUAAAUACAUUUCAAGUACAUACAUUUAAAUAAAUGUUAUAUAUCAUUUAGUGUUAAAUAACCUAAAAUUAAAUUUAAAAAGUCACAUACUGCAUUGUUUACAUAAUAUGGGCUGGGGUAUUAAAUUUUUUUUUCCUAUGUAGAUGCUACCAACAUUUCUGAUUUACAAAAUAAUGUUAUUCUUAUAGGCAAUAUAUUUCAGUCCUAAUAAGAUUUUAAAAAUCAUGAACUUAGUGUUUCCUAUUAUUAGAAAUAUUAUUUAACACCUGUUAACGCAAUUCCCGACUCUAUUGUUUACUAAAUGCGUGUCUGCCAUGAUUUGCCACUAGCGCAUCCUAGUGGCGCAAGGUAAACUAUCCCUGAAAUCUUCUGACUUUUCUCUCCAGAGCUGCUGUUGACACGCAGGAUGGCAGAAUAUGAAUGUUUGGUGAACACAUCUGAAAUAAUGGUGUAAUGAAAGAAUUAAAUAGCUAUUGAUGAAAGAGCAAAAUAUUGUUUGUUGAUUUGUCACAUUAUUAAUUUGUUGCAUAACUAAUUUAUUGCAUUGUAUUUAAUGCUACACAAGUACCGUUGCCAUUGUGAGUGCACGGAAAUAAAAAGUCGAAUUUUUUUGGUUUUUAAGGUUUAUGAAAGUUAAAUAUGUCAUGGUUAACCCACGAACCAGAUAACCUGCACCCGGAUCAUCGAGAGUCUGCUGUAACUGCUUUAUACAGUCCGACCAAAAGAUAAUUUUUAUAUAGAACCAAGUGUUGGUACAGAAUCUUCAGUAAAUACUGAUUAAGAUUCAGAACAUGGCAGAGUGGCUCUAAAAAAGAGUUAAACAUUUAGGUGUUAAAGAAAAUACUACAAAUAUUCAAUUGAGAUCUUCAAAUAAAAAUGAGAGCAGUAUUAAUCUAUGUCUGAUUUAUGAGGAAAAAUUGUUAAGUUUGUUUGCUGCAAUGACUUGGAAACAGAUUAUUUUAGCACCAAGUGGAUAAAUGACCUAAAGAUUGCCACAAUUAUAUUCACAUCUCACACGAGAGUAGUAUCAAUCAGUCCAUGUCUGAGUUAGGGGAGAAAAUUGUGAAGUACAUUUGCAGUGAUGAAUCGGACACAGAUACUUUGAGCAUUGAAAGGAUUGAUAACUUAAAUAUUGCCACAGUUGUAUUCACAUCUGCCAUGUUAGGAGUGCGCUUUGCAGUUGAGCCAGCUCAUACCGAGAAACAGUCUCCCAGAGACUGGCAUCGCUCUGAGCUGCACUCCACAUCACGUGGCGCAGUGCUGGAGUUGGCAGAAAUGUUGGCUGCAGUGUUGCGCCACUCCAGGUACACAGCAUCUAGCCCUACUCCUGGUAUUGGGAGGGGGUCAGUGGCCCAUGUUAUUAGGAAUCUCGGCACACAACCAACACAUUAGUACAUUUCACAGUUAAACAUGUAAAUCCAGCACUGGCUACAUGAGUAAAAUUACAAUUAAAAUUCACAACAAUUAUCUUUCAGUAAUGACUCAUAAAAACAUGACUGAACGACCAAACAAUGGAAAGAGUGAGAGAGAGCUUCGCCAUACUCUACCCUAAUCCCCUUUUGGAUGCGUUAACUUAAGACUCUCUAAAACCAUAAUUUAUUAUUAUAACUAAGAUAAGAUAGUUUGGUACUCAUGUUUCUAUAGAAGCAGAACAUUUCUCACUCUAACACUUUAAAUAUUUCAUUAUGGUCUCUCCUGCCCUUGAAACUUGAAUGAACUCUACAUGGUCUAUCCAGAAUUCUACCGACUUGUUGCCCCCUGAGUGAGCCUCAACCUCUCUCUAACUUGUGCUUAAAUCUCCGCGCACCUCCGCGCCUACCAGAACAGUCCAUGGUUAUUGAAGCCAAAUUUACAAACAACUAACCAGGACAGCUGAGCAGACUACCCCCUCCCCCCAGACGUGCGGCCUGUUGCGACAGCACGUCCCAGUAACUGCGGCCAGUGGCUGCGCUAGCGCACGGCCGGACAAACUACAACAGCAUGUGCAACCUGCAAGCCAGCCUCGCAUCCCGCCAGCCCCGGGUCCCAAUUACCUGUCACACCACCCGCACGGCGAGUAAACAGAGCAGCCAGACCUGAGUCCCGUCAGUAAAGUCCUAAAAUUUGAUUUCAAUAACUGUGAAAAAUUUCAAACUGUAACAGAUAAUAGCUCUGUCAGUCAGCCAGAAAUGGUUGCCGUGGGUUGCUUCAUUAAGCAAGUGAUCUAAGCCAGUAUCUGUAUAUGUCCGAUUCUGAGAUAUAAUUGAAAUAUAUAUAUAUACUGCGAUGACUCAACACAUACUGAAUGGAGUGAUUGAAUACUUAAAUGAUUACCACAGUCAGAUUCACAUCUGCCACUAGACUGAAUGCAUUGCAAAAGAAGUCCUGCCGUAAAAUUGCAUCUUUACUUUAAGUUCUUGUCAGUCUUAGUACCACUCAUAGGAUUAUGUGAAUGAAAACAACUGCUUGCUCCACACAAAAUAAUUCCAAGUUUUACCACAUAAAUGAACACCAAGAAUCACCAAGGUUAAAUUGAGAUUUUUUGAAGAAUACUCAAUUCGUUAUUUUCUUAAAACGUGCUAGGUAAUGAAAAUUUGUGUGUUAAAUCUAAAUUUUUGUUUGUACCUGGACAUUAGUAAGAAAAUAUCUACCCAUAAUAGAAGUGAAGACUAAGUUAUCAUUAGUUUCCAAUUCUUUAUGUAUGUAUUAUCAUUAAUAUUCUUUUAUGUUUUUUGAGUUCAGAAAAAUCUUAUUGCAAACUUCAUAAAUAAGAUGCAAUGAAAAUGUGUGUGUGAUGUAGAGGAUGUGGAUGUAUAAUUUUCAAGAAAAGUCAUUAAAAACUGUAAUGUUCGGCAAAUAAGAACCUCCCUCAUAUCUCCUUGUAUGUAGGAACCAAAUAGGGCCUAUUAAGUUUUUCAGAAAAUGAGAAACUGUGGUGGGUAAGAGUAGACAUGGUUUCUCAUGGAAAGAUGCUCAUAACAAAGUUGAAGAGAAUGCAGUGAGAGUAAACAAUAUCUAACUCAAAUCAUAUCAAUAAGAAAGAUAAUUUGAAAAUUAAGUCCUUGAGGUUUAAGCAACAAAAGCAUUUUUCCUAAUGAUGAUAGUCAUUUAGUAGUUCCUGAGGAUGAAAGCAGGUAUUGUCGUAAAAAACUUGCAUAGAGAUCAGGGAUGGUCUACACAAUAAAGUGGCUGCGGUACCAGGAGGAGUAAGUGGUGUAGCAUUGACCAGUAGGCAAUACAGAAAGUUAUAGUUAAUUAUAACUGUUUUUUUUCUUAAAUGAAAAAAUGAGCGUUUACUGUUAUAUGCAACAGAACUUCAGAAAUAUGAUAUUUUCCAAUGAAGUUAUCUUUUGUCAAAUGAGAAAAUCAUAAAUUAUUUUUCUACUAGUGUGAAAACUAGAAAGUGAGGGAGUGAUCAACCCAGAGGAUGGUUUUGUGUUCCCAGUCAACAUCAAGGGAAGAUGAUCAUUGCGUAAUUAGGGCACCCUAGUUGAAGUGAUUCUAUGGUAGUUUGCUAUUGCUGUUCGCUGUAUGGGGUUGAAGGAACACGCGAUCUAGACCGGACCAACCCGUGAUGGCAAUUUUCCUAAAUGUAAAAACUUCUGUAUCCAGCUGGAAAUCAAUCCAGUGAUAUAUGGCUCACUAGUUGGAAGCUUUAACCACUGAGUUAUCAGUUUGGACUAUAGUAUAAACUGCUCUUUUAAAAUUAUUUUUUGCAAAUUUAUUGUAGGAUGUGUCCCUUUGUGAUAAUUUCAAUUAAACAUGGGAUCAUUUGGUAUGGAAUAGCGUGAUAUGUUUUGGUUGGUUUGUAGUAUAAAAUAUUGCUUAGGUGACAUGAUUGUGUAUGCACCAAAUAAUAUUCGUAAAUUUUAUUGCUAUGUUUUGGUUGGGUAUGUUUGUAUAUACAGUAUGAAAGAUAAUUUUUGGUGCUGUACUGCAUAAAACUUAUGUAUACUCUAAUCUGUUAUUUGUGAAUGUAAUAUAAAUUAUAAUAAUCAUUUUAUUGAAAAAUUGAAAAUUGAUAUAAAAUAAUGCUGAUAUUUAUUUUAGAGAUAUUGUUUUAUUCAUAUGUGUUAAUGUAAAAGGGAACAAUUUUAUUGCUUUGUGCUGUAAAUUGGCUAGGUGAUGGUUUUUACAGUGCACUGCAAAAAAUAUCACUAACCAAUGAAAGCAUAUUUUGUUUUCGGUAUUAUUGUUUCUGUUGUGUAUGUAUAAGUGCAAUAUUAAUGUCAUGUAUAUUUUCUGGUCAUGUAUGUAGUUGUACAGGAUGUAAUUGAAAAUUGUUUUUUAACUUACUAAAGAAAGAUGUUGUAAAGCUCUUUAUGUUGAGCAUUGUGUUUUAGGAUAACUUUGUAAAAAAAACACCCAGGUUCACCACUAUAAAGUGUUUGACAAUGUUGAAUUGUUCCAUUAAAAACAGGUAGCUUUGUGUAGUGAGUUUUGUAUUUGUUUUUCAUUCAUAUUUUAUUAGUAUUGUGUUAGUUUGCUCUGCUGCAAAAUUAUUGUGCAAGUUUUUGAAACAAUUUGGAAUUAUUGUGAUAGUGUUUUGGUUAAAACCAAAAUAUCAUUCAGACAUCUCUUUGUAUAUUAUUAAGAGUUAUAUCAUUCAUACAUCUGUAUGUCAUUUAGAGUUAUAUUAUUAAUAUUACUUAAUAUAACUCUCAAUCUUAUUAAUUUGUUUUCAUUACAGAUUAUUGGUUUCAUUGUACCAAUUUUGACAUUUGAGUUUGAAUAUAAAAGUAUUUAAUUACAGAUUUCUUGCUCAAAACUAAUUUCUAAAGAUUUUUAUUAAAAUGAUGUACAUAGUUACUGCUGGUUACCCAUGCAUAUAAACUUGCCUAAAUUACUAAUAAUGUACCAAUCUUCCAUUGCAAGGUCAUCCAGUACUAUUCAGAAGCAAAACUAGCCAUGCACGACUGGUAUAGAGAGAAAAUUUACUCCCCAUCAUCAUACAAGAGAAGAUGGUUUUUUUUCCUUGCCUGAAAGUAAUAUCACCAUCACGCAGUGGUUGCCACAAGUAGUUACGAAUUUUGGUAUAAAAGUUUAUAAUUUUAAUGGUUUGGAGCUCGCUAAUCAAGAAUUCUCUUGUGUAUAAAGUUGUGACACAAAAGUUUUAUUAAUUUUGCUGUGUUUUUUACAAGUGUUUGCAUUUUUUUGUGUGAAAAAAUGGAAGAAUUUCAGUGUAGAAGUUUUUAUUUUCAGAUAUUCAUUCCAAAGUUCACUUAGUAAUAAUUUUUCUUCAUAGAAUAUUUAUUUGAAUUUGGUCUCUUGCAGCCAUUUAAGUAAUCCCAUUUUUAAGUGAGGUGUUUUUGAUAUCAUCAUGUUGCCACACUUGUGCUGUAAAGAUUUAUUCUGUGCAUGUUGGCCAGUUGUGUUGUUCCUGAAAGAGUGUAAAUGGAUGCAGAACAAGGCACUAUAUUUGAUUCCAUUUAGUGGCAUAGUAGGACAUUGCUUACAAUGGAUUAUUUGCCAACAUUGCUUUGCCAUGUUUGGUGGAACAAAUUCACAAAAUCUUGAAAGUUUUUUUUUUUUUAGUGUUUUGUAGACCAUUGCAGGUUGUACUUGAGACACAGUUUUGAAAACUAAUUUAUUUAUAGGUAAAAUAAUGUUAUUUAUAUAUUGUAAAAUGUGUGUAUUUGUUAAUUUAUCAAGCUAGACUGGAAAACUUAGUUUCUAAUGUAUAAAGUAAGCUGUUUUAUAUUGAAAUCAACAUUGUGUUAUUUAUUUCAUAUUACAUUAAUUUCAUUUUUGAAAGCUUUGACAAUUUAAUACUGGUUUCAUUUUAACAUAUUUGCUGUAAUGCAUACUAAAAUGUGUACAAAAUUUUCCUCUGAAAAAUUAUUUCAAGAUACUUUAUGUAAUGUGCAUUUGCUGCAGAGGGUUAUUUUUAAUGUUCAGUACAACCUUUUUUUUUUUUUUAUCAUUUCUCAAAAAUCCAUGGGAAAUUUUUAAAAUACACAAAGUGUAAAUAAUUAUAAAUUUUUAUUGUAUGACAAAACUCUAAAUGCCACAUACACAUUAGAAUUGUAACUGCAUUUUUAAAACAAUUUUUUGUUUGGUUAAUAAUAUUGUCAUUGCUCACCUAGCAAUAUGUAUACAGAUUUAACAUUACAAUACAAGCAAUGUUUAAGCUUACAACUAUUAUAAAUAUUUUCAGUUUCAUGUGUAUAAAUAAGUAUUUAGUGUUUUGAGUGUAGUUUAUUGAAAGUAAUGGUUUGAAUGUAUAAUGCCAUGAUACCUUUUGAGCAUGUAAUUUGUGUGUUAUAGCUGAGUAGCUAAAAUUCAUGAUUUUAUAUAUCCAUACACUUCAAUUUGUGUACAUGAGUAGAAACUGGAAAAUUUUUGUUGAUUUGAAAAGAAUAAUCACUAUUUUGAAUCCUGAGAAGCAGUGUUUUUAUUUUGAUGUUUUCAUUUAAAUAAUUUCACUGCACUUUCACUGUAACAUAAUGUGCCUGGAAGUUAAAAGUACAAGUACAGUCAAACCUCUCUGAAACGACCCCUCACGGUUCCCAGGAAUUGGGUCGUAAUAGAGGGGGGGUCGUAAUAGAUGUUUUCAGAAAUUUCCAGUUGAUUUAAACCCCCCCCCCCCUCAAACCGCUACUCGCUAAGGAACCAGCCGUACAAUGGCAGGAUGCUGUCACUCACAAUGCUAGACGGCUUUGCUUUAAACCCACCUCAACCUUAAUGACUAGUCCGUUGCCCUACAGGCCACCUCUAAAGAAAAUAUGUCAAAAGACAGUUUAUUUUUACUGGUUAGUUUACAUGUACGUUUUCUGCUUGCCGUAGUUAAAUACACUAGAACCCCAAUGUCACGAACCCCGGAUUUAACGAAUACAUUCUCGAGAAAACCGUAAAAAAAUUGGAGAUUUUGACCAAAAUGUGAAAUUCAGAAAGAAAAAAAAACAAAAUGAAAGAACAUUAAAAUCUGUUAAUUUUAACACACAGCGUAUUUUUGUGUAGGCUUUAAUACUUCCAAUAAUGUUCAUGUAAGAAUAACAAAAAAAUAAUGGGUCAUUUCCUUUAAAAAUAUGUCAGCUGUAGGUUCUGCAACGCGAGUGGGCGCACACGAAGCUCGCCCGGCUGGCUGGCGGCAGCGGCUUCAUGACGCAUAAGCUCACCCCUCCCUCCCCUCGUUAACAUUCUUCAAGGCUAGCUCAUCUCUCCGAGACACACAAACCAUAUAGUGUCCUCCCUUAUAACACCCCAACCUCACUUCCUUUGAAAAAUCUUUGGUGAGAAAAUGCUCAUUUCACCCUCCCUUCUCCCGUAAAAUUGGGCUUUUAUGAAUGGGGUACUAAAGCGGUGAGGGAGGGGUCAAAAUAUGUCACUUUUCACACCAAGUUCGAGUUCAGUCAUCUCUGGCAAGGAAUUUAUAAGCUUUCAAACUUAAAUAUAAAUGUAUUUUAAUAGCAAGGGUCCUAUGAAAAGGAAUAUACCGAAUAAAAUCAAGCUGCUGUCACCAAACAAAGCAUAAAACGGCCCAAUGCGUGGUCGCUUCGUUAUUGCUUGCGCGAGAGGUGAGACGUGGAAUGUUAGAAGAUAAAUGUGGGGGAGACAGACAGCAGCCAGUGUGUUUCCUGAGUGGGGAAUAAGUGGCGUAGCCUUUUUUUUUAUGCUGGGUGAAGCGACCUUUUUCUAUCAACCCACGGGCUGUCAAAAUAAACAUCGCUGCGGCAGUUAACACAAGUCGAGGCGGGCGUGCAUCCAGUCGGUCGCUGUGUAAACACGUUGCCACAAAAACCUUUAUCUGCACCCUGCCGGCAAAGGGACGUGGAAUGGGGGUUGUUAAGAGCUGACAGCGGUCAACAGGAAGUGGUAUCUAUUUUUAGAUAUGCGCUGCCUACGGCAGUACAGCACUCGGCAAGAGAAACACAGUAACACGCUACUCACCACAAGAAACUUAUUUUCUUCAGAUUUUCGGCAAUUUUUUCACGGUUCCUCGAAAUCGGGUUGUAAUAGAGAGGUGGUCGCAAUAAAUGGGGUCGCAACAAAAAGGUUUUACUGUAUGUUCACUCCUCUUUGACCUGUUCAUAUAGUGACUGGGACCUACACUUGCAUUUUGUUGCUUGAUAUUGAUCACAGGUACAGUUACAGAGUUUAAACUUGCACUAAUUGUUGGUGUUAUUAAAUUCUUUUCUUUUGCAGAAUUUAUGGCGUAAUGUGUGCACUGCUAGUCAAGUCCAUACAUGUGACAGCUCAUAAUAUUUAGGGGUCCAGUUCGGGUAAAGCAUUGCCUCUGAUACAUAAAAUUCAGUCUAUAUCGAUCUCCUUUCUGUUUAUUGCUUGAGUGAACAGUUUGAGCUUCUGCUUUCUUAGUCUUUCUUUUAAGAACAUUUUUUUCACUAAUUUAUAUAUCAGCAUUAUUGCUGUAAAUAUGAAAAUGAUUAAUGCACCUUUAUGUUAUCAAGCCUUUCAGUGCUCAAAGUAUCGGUGUCUUAUUCAUCACUGCAAAGGUGCUUCACAAUUUUCUCCUCGAACUCAGACAUGGACUGAUACUGCUGUCAUGGCAGAUGUGUGUGUGUGCGUGUGUGUGUGUGUGUGUGUGUGUGUGUGUGUGUGUGUGUGUGUAUGUGCAUGCGAGAACACACACACCUUAUUCUGAAACAAAUAAACAAUAUUUUUUUAUUAUUGUCAUUGUGAAAAUUGUAUAAAAAUUAAUACCUUCAAAGUGUAGAGUAUGAGUGUAUUUGGCAAAAAUAUAAAAUUGUGAAUUUUAGGCUAUCAAUUGGCUCUUUAUAAGAUACAUUUUAAAUAAAAAAAUAUGGUAACUUAUUAAAUGCAUUAAAGUUUUUUAGAUUGAAAAUAUUUUUAUUGUUUGAACUUCACACAUUGAUUUAAAAUAAAGCCCUUGGCAGCUACACGAUUUCUAAAAUUAUUUGAAUAUUUUUUUAAUCAUUCCAUUUCAUGCAUUAUUGCAUGGAUGUUGAUUGUUAAAAUUAGACAUAUUUGAUUGUUUUGUUAAGAUAUUUGUAUUUUUAAUUUCUUGAAACAGUAUUGUUCCUGAAUACAAUUUUAAUAUGAUGUAAUUUAUUUGUGCAAUUUUAUUAUUUCGCACUGAAAUUAAUUUCAGCAUUUUUUUGAUCAUGGUGGGUAUUGUUUAUAAUGGGUUUAAAAAUUUUAAUUCAUGUUCAUAAACUUUUGUGCUUAUUAAUUAUUUUUUAUUUAUUUUAUGUCAUUCAUUAGAUCUGUGUUAUGUUUCAGAAGGGACAUUGAAACUUAUGUUUACAGUAACUCCCAAUAUUAGUAAAGGGAUAUUCAAAUUUAUUUGUACAAAAACUCCCAAAGUUACGAAAGUUGCAAGUCAAGUUUGUACUUUUUUUAUUUGUAACACCAUACGUUAUUGCAGUGUUUUGAACGGGUACCUUUGUUUGUUUUUUGUAUUGUAUAAUAAAUUGAAAAAUGCUAGAAGAUUAAACAACAUGGAGUAGUCAUGUAUGUAAACAAUGUUGCUGAUUUAUCAAUGUUAAAUCAGAAAACAAAUUAUACUCAUUAUAUUAACCUUGCUAGAAUUCCUGAAGGAAACACUAUUAGCACAAUGUAUGUACUGGUAAAAACAAACCCAUUUUCUAGUAAAAGUAGUAACCAUU